AUGGAGUAUUAUCAACCGGUGGAGAUUAACGUUCUAUCAGCUCAAGAUCUCAACUCCAUCAAUCUUUUGUUCAGACCAACUGUCUAUGUUUCCGUCUCGGUCACACGUGGUUCACGUGACAAGCAAGUCACUCCAGCUGCUGCAUGGGAUAAGAAAUUCUUACGGUGGAAUUAUCGUAUGAAAUUCUAUAUAGAAGAUGACAAGGUUCGAAGGAAUGAGUCAGUGUUUGUGUUUCAAAUCAAGUGUAAGAGAUUUUUCGGGUCCGACCAAGUCGUUGGGAAACUUUUCAUACCGGGUUGUAGAUUAGGAGUUUGGGGAAAUAUUAGACAUGAGCCAUCAGCUCCUUGUGAAGAUGAUAUCUAUGCUUAG